CCCCGUUGGUCAGAACCUUUUGAACCGGGGAAUUUGUUCACGUCAUUUUUAGUUUGGGGAGCCUCCCAAAAUACUUUCAUUUCCAGCAUCAGAGCGUUUUUACUUCAAUCCAUUUGUAUCGUCUUUCACCAAAAACUGAAAAUGAAGCACGUCUUUAUUUUUCUCUUUUUGCUGCUGUGUGUUCGUGGGCACGGAUAUGUUGAUGCGGUGAGUGUGUCAGUGAUGGAAGGAGAUUCAGUCACUCUAUACACUGAUGUUGAAACAAUCCAACAAGAAGAGAUCAGAUGGUAUUUUAAUGACAUUCGCAUCGCUCAAAUCAGUGGAGAUCCCGAUAAGACCUGUACAGAUGUUCAGUGUAAUGAAGGUACUGAGAGAUUCAGAGACAGACUGAAGCUGGAUCAUCAGACUGGAUCUCUGACCAUCACAAACAUCACAAACACAGACUCUGGAGAAUAUAAACUACAGAUCAACCGCAGCAGCGACAGUCUUCUUCAGCUCUUCAAUGUUUCUGUCUAUUAUGCUCCUGAACGACAGAAAAUGAAGACAGUGAAGGAGGGAGAUUCUGUCACUUUAGAUCCUGGUGUAGUAAAAAAAACUAAUUAUUUGAUGAAAUGGGUCUUUAAUGACGUUCGCAUCGCUGAAAUCAGUGGUGAUUUCAGUUUUAUCUGUACAGAUGUUCAGUGUUUAUAUGCAGAUGUCAGAUUCAAAGGCAGACUGAAACUGAAUCAUAUGUCUGGAUCUCUGACCAUCACAAACACCAGAACCACCGACUCUGGACUUUAUUAUCUGCUGAUAAUCAGCAGCAGAUUUAGCAUCAAAAAGAGCUUUAUUGUUAAUGUCACUGGUUAUGUUGAUGCGGUGAGUGUGUCAGUGAUGGAAGGAGAUUCAGUCACUCUAUACACUGAUGUUGAAACAAUCAAACAAGAAGAGAUCAGAUGGUAUUUUAAUGACAUUCGCAUUGCUCAAAUCACAGAAGAUCUCAGUUUUAUCUGUACGGAUGUUCAGUGUAAAUAUAGUGAUGAGAGAUUCAGAGACAGACUGAAGCUGGAUCAUCAGACUGGAUCUCUGACCAUCAGGAACAUCACAAACACAGACUCUGGACUUUAUCAUAAACAAGUUAUCAGCAUCAGCAACAUCAAUGACGGCAUCUUCAGUGUUGCUGUCUAUGAUGUUCCUGCUGCUGAACGAGAUGAAAUUAAGAGAAAGUCAAUAAAGGAGGGAGAAUCUGUCACUUUAGAUCCUGGUGAAACUAAAAGCCCAAAUGAUGUGAUGACGUGGUACUUUAAUGACAUUCUCAUCGCUGAAAUCCCUGGAGAUCAGAGUAAGAUCUGUACAGAUGAUCAGUGUGAUGAGAGAUUCAGAGACAGACUGAAGCUGGAUCAUCAGACUGGAUCUCUGACCAUCACAAACAUCACAAACACAGACUCUGGAAUUUAUCAUUUACAGAUCAACAGCAGCAGAAUCAGCAUCAUAAAGAGCUUCAGUGUCACUGUCCCUAAUUCAGGUCUGUCUUCAGCCGCUGUAGCAGGAAUAGUAGUCCUAUGUGUUGGUGUAGCUGCAGUUGUUGCUGCUGGUGUGAUUUACUAUCGCAAACGUCAAGCAGGACAACAUAACAAUGUUACAGACAUGGUGAUGCAGUUCAGUAGUCAGAUGGAAAAAGACCCCAAUGAUGACUCCUGCCAAUGAAUCUGACUGAACCUGAGCUGCACGAGGUAAAUUAAAUGUUGGCUUUGGUGAUCACAUCACUCAAGGGCUACAAGUGGAAGAAAUCAGAAAAACCAUAAAGCAAGCAAAAGUGGAGAAGUGUCGCCGAACAAAGAAGAAAACUGGAACAUCAGCACCAUAUGGACUUCAAAUUGAGAACUGUAAUAAAAUUGAUGCGGAAACAGGAAACAUUGAAUAAAAGAAUAAUGAAACUGAUAAAAGAGAUGUCUGACUAUAACAGGAUCAGUCUGGAGCUUCAAUCAUUAACAGAUUACUUGAAUCAUUACAAAUGAUCAGCUAUGAAUUAAAGCUCCAGCAAAAGAGAAGAUAAGAGUUUCAAAUGUAUGUUUUUGUUCACACCUAGUAUACCUCCAUAGCUAUAAGUUGUUAUGUGCUAUACUGUGCAGAAGAUGGAAAAAGGAAGGUGAUGCAUUUUUCAACAAGGUUGCAAAAUGGAACAUCUAACUAGCUGUGCAGUUUUGCUAUAUUAACAUGGGGGUGUGGCCUGUGUGGUUAACACAGGGCAGCCCAAUAGCUAUGCUUGCAAGAUGCUAUAGAUGAUUUUUGUACCAGAGAUGUGUGGUUGACCACACCUGCAAUUAUUAUUAUUAUACUGCUGUUGGGAUUGAGGAAGGUACAUUAGACAAUAUAAGGAUUUACCUAGACUAAAAACACAACAAACUAAUUGAUUAAAAUGUGAGAAAAGUUCAAGUAGUUUUAAAAGCAUAAUGUUUAAAGGUUUGAAGGCCAUACAGUCUAUCAGAAAAAGAACAAAAACAGACAGAAUCAAACAACAUGUUGGUUUCUUGUUAAGAAACAGAGAAAAAUAUUAAUUCCAAUAGUACAAAGAGUACCUGAGUUUUCUUUCAGUUUGUCAAGUUUUUUAAA